ACCGUACUGCUAUCUUCAAGAUGACUUAAUAUUACUUAACACAUUCUAUUAUUUUCAGCACCAAGAGAAGUGAAGUAAAAAUAUUAUAUUUUGUAAAAAAUAUUCAAAAAUACUUAGUUACAUAAUUUUUAAUAACAACAAUUAUUGCACUUUCAAACACGGCACCUUUGACCUUGGUAUCGACAAAACUCCAUCGUAGGGACCAGUCGUUUGCUCCAAAAAUAACACUCAACCCUUCACCAUAGCAACGAGAGCUAUAUUUCGCUUGCUUCGCUCGAUUGCACCAGUCAACGUUCUCGGCAUCCAGCACACGCAGUUGCAGUUGAACGUUAGCGGUGGAAAAAAUGGCGAACAAACCGAAGAGGCUGCUGGAAAAGUAUGAUCUACUGUUGGAUAAUUUAGAUUUCGAAUACCUUCGCCAAAGUAACAACGCGCGCGAGGUGGAAAACAUUCUGAAAGUGUUACGAUCCGGCGAAGAAGGACACUUCCCCCAGUUGACAGCGUACGCAGAGGAGCGGCUGAAGUCACUGCGUCCCGACAGCAAACUGCUGCGAAAGGAGCAACCGCUAGCGACGCAACACACAAUGCCGGCGGAGCAGUGGCAAACAAUCUCCACACGGCUAAACGAAUGGCAGAGCAUGAUGAAAGCAAUCGAGGAGGACCUACGGUCGAUGCAGGACGAAACGGAUGAUCCGACCGUUCCGCGCAUCCGAAGCAUUCCCGCGGCUAAUCCCGUGGUGGAAGAACCGCCAACAGUGGUGUCCGAAUCGAAGUACAUAAAGUACUGUGAUUAUGACAAGUGGGACAAGUUUGACGCCGAUACGGAGAUGCUCAAGAUGGACCUGGACGAGGAACGCCACCGGGAGAUGGUGCGGAUAAACAACCGGAAGAACAGCGAGAAGCCUAAAAUUGUAGAACUUCCGCCGGAGGUGAAGCUGUCGCAGCAGGAAAGGCAAGUCAUUGCGCGCAAGCUACGGGAGAAAGGCAACGAUAGUUUUCGUGCCAAGGACUACAGCGAGGCUGUGGAGGAGUACGACAAGAGUCUGGCAUUGUGUCCCACGGCGGCUUGCUACAAUAAUCGAGCCAUGGCAUAUAUAAAACUACAACGCUACAGCGAGGCAAUAGCCGAUUGUGACCAAUGUUUAGCACUGGAACCAACAAACCUUAAGGCCCUCCUGAGAAAAGCACAAGCUUUAACGGCGAACGACAACAGACGAGAGGCCUACAAGGUGUACUUGGACGUUCUUCGGCUGGAGCCCACGAACAAUAUCGCGCUGAGCAGUACGGCCAACUUGCGUCGUCAGCUGACCGAUCUCCCACCACCGAAUGCCGUACGUAUGGUCAUCGAAGAGGUAAGCAAUGCCGAAGCAGAGAUCGACUUCCGUGACCUCGUACGGCCAAAGAAAAUCGUGAAAGACAUGGUACCGGAAGCGAUCUCAAAACUGCAGAAGGAUACCGUCAGCUUGUUGCGCCGACAGGCUGAAAAGAUGAAAGACCGCCCUACGGAAGAGAGGACCUUGUUCCCUGAGCCACCCCAACGGAGUACUCCGCUGAUAGAAGAAUUGUAGUUCCGCUGAGGGUCAGCAUAAUCGUGUACAUUGUAACAAAAUCUUACGUAGAAUCUCCAUAAAAAGGUAUGGAUGAGAUUGAUAGGCGAUUAGAGGGCUAAUAAAGGAGAGUUAACCAAAUUGCUCACGCAUCCGUUGUCUUGCUAGCGAUUGUCGGCUCAGUGCAGCAGCUACGCCGGGAACGAAAAA